AUGUCGUUGGAUAUAAAAUUUGAAAAUCUUGUUUAUUGUGCGCGAAGUUUUAGUUUAUUUCAAAAAGAUGAAAAAAAUAUCUUAAAGGGAAUAAGUGGAGAGUUUCGAGCCAAUGAACUGUCUGCAAUAAUGGGGCCAAGUGGCUCAGGAAAAAGCACACUUUUGAAUGUCUUAUCGGAGUAUAUGACGAAUGGAGUAACAGGGUCAAUAACAAUUAAUGGCGAGAAAUGGAAUAACAAGAGAUAUAAAAAGAAAUUUGCAUAUAUAAUGCAAGAAGAAAAUCUGCAUGCAGUAUUGACUGUAAAAGAAGCAAUGAGGUUUUCAAUAAAGCUUAAAACCGGCAAUUCAAUGACGGAGAAGGAACAACAAAAGAAAAUAUUAUCUAUUUUAGAGACAUUAAAGUUGGAUAAUAAGUUAAAUACAUACGCUCAGUAUUUAAGCGGUGGACAACAGAAGAGACUUUCAAUAGCAUUGGAAUUGGUCGAUGAUCCGCAAGUUCUUUUUCUAGAUGAGUGUACAACAGGUCUUGAUAGUGUAUCAUCGACACAAUGCAUUCAAUUCUUAAAGAAACUUGCCAUGGAAGGUAGAACAAUAAUUUGUACAAUUCAUACCCCGUCUGCCUUGAUGUUUGAGAUGUUUGAUCAUAUCUACGCACUAGCAAAUGGAAAUUGCAUUUUUCAGGGAGCAAGUUUUAAUGUUGUUCUAUUCUUAAAAGAACUUGGUCUCGUAUGUCCAUCGACUUACAAUCCCGCUGAUUUCCUCCUCGAAAUAGCAAAUAAUGAUUAUGGAAGUCAAAACGAACGACUUACAAAAGUCAUUGAAAAUGGGAAAAACGAAUUUUAUCGUGGACAACCUUGUAUUACUUUGAACAAUAAUAAUGAGUUGAAGUUAAGUUCCACUCAUGACGAGACUUUAAAUGAACAACCAUCAUCUUUUGUGUACCAAUUAGCCCUGCUUGUAUUACGUAACUAUAAAAUAUCACAUAGGAAUGUAACUUUAAUAAUUAUACGACUAGUAAUCUCAUCUAUUGUUGGACUAAUGGUCGGUGGCAUGUACCUUAAUAUUGGAAAUGAUGGAGUACACACUUUUCAUAAUUUUAAAUACAUUUUCGUCUCAGAAUUCUUUUUACUCUACAUAUCAUAUUAUUCACAACAGACGGCAUUUCCGCUAGAGCUUCCUAUUAUUAAACGAGAGGUUUUCAAUCGAUGGUACACAUCGUCUGUAUAUUAUGUUGCAUUAUCAUUAACUGAUAUACCAAUGACUAUAAUAAGCACCUCUAUUUACCUUGCAAUUACAUAUUUUAUGACAAAUCAACCACUUGAUCGUGCCGUUGCAUUUUUUGCUGUUGGAUUAUUGACGAGCUUUGUGUCGCAAGGUUUUGGACAUUUUGCUAGUUCAUUGUUUGACUUACAGGGAACUCUUACAUUUGCUGCUGUUUUCCUACCACUUUAUGGCAUUUUCUCGGGAAUUUUUAUUCUCGUCAAAGAUACACAUUGGAUAUUCCACUGGAUAUUUCAAAUAUCAUUCAUAAAGCAUUCUCUUGAUGCUGCUGCAACAACUAUUUUAGGAUGGAAUCGCGAUAAAAUGGAUUGUAGUGAUAAUUAUUGCCACUAUCAGUUACCAAAAAAAUUCUUAAAAACAAUAGAUUUAAAUGAAAAUAUAACGAUAUCGAUACGUGCACUUGUGAUAUUUCUUAUUGUCUUUCGAGUAACUGCAUUUCUCAUAAUGAACUAUAGACUUAAACGAUCAAAGUAG